AAUAAUUCAAUAAGUUCCUCAAAACCUCCUAACAUAUUCCAUCUUUGCAUAAAUACUAUGAAGCCCCAAAUUUAAAGAAGCAUUAAGAAAAAGAUAAAAAAACACAUAAUACACAUGAUCAUAUUAAAUGAGAAAAAUCUAAGUUCCCCUCACAAUACAAAUCAAUAUCUACUAACAAAACAUACAAGCAUAGAAACAAGUCCAGAAACAGAAGUCAAAGAACCUGGGAGUAUGUUAUCAUUUUUAUUAAAUGAAGAAAGACCUUAAAUAAACUCUUCUUAUUCUAUAAUCUCUAAAUCAGAAUAAAUUAUAACAAAUUGAAAAGAG